GACAAAAUGUCACUGAUUUUUGCUUCUGUCUCUAGAAGGAAGAUUGCUGAUUGAAGUCCCUCUGGCAUGCUCAAGACCAUCAGGCUUGAAGACAUCACUUGGAGGUAAUUAUGGAUGUGAUGAACUCUACCAAUUAUCCAAUCAAUGCCUCUACUUUAGUAAGAAAUAGCACUCACUUUCCAUCUCCUGCCUUAAAACUCAUCAUUGUCCUUCCUUUGUUCAUAUCAUCUAUAAUUGGUAACAUCACCAAUGGGCUCUACCUAUGGGUGCUAAAGUUCAAGAUGAAGAAGACUGUUAAUACCCUCUUAUUCUUCCAUCUCAUUCUCUCCUAUCUUAUUUCAACAUUGAUCCUGCCAUUUCUAGCCACCUCCCAUCUUCAGGACAAUCGCUGGAACUUUGGAACUGCCUUGUGCAAGGUCUUCAACAGCACUUUGUCUGCGGCCAUGUUCGCCUCCGUUUUCUUCCUCUCCGCCAUCAGUCUGGACCGUUACCUUCUCACUCUUCACCCGGCAUGGUCCCAACAGCACCGGACCCCACGCUGGGCUUCCAGCAUUGUCCUGGGAGUCUGGAUCUCUGCCACAGCCCUCAGUAUACCCUAUUUGGUUUUCAGGGAGACACAUCAUGACCAGAAAGGAAUGGUGACCUGCCGAAAUAACUAUGCUGUGUCUAGUAAUUGGGAAAGCAAAGAGAUGCAAGCAUUAAGGCAACAGAUUCAUGUGGCCUGUUUCAUCAGCCGUUUCUUGCUGGGUUUCUUUCUGCCUUUCUUCAUCAUCACCUUUUGUUACAGGAGAGUAGCCAGCAAGAUGAAAGAGAGGGGUCUGUUUAAAUCCAGGAAGCCCUUCAGAGUUAUGCUGACUGCCAUUGUCUCUUUCUUUGUGUGUUGGAUGCCCUACCAUGUAUACCAGGGCUUAAUUCUCACUAAGAACCAGUCAUUACUUUUAGAGUUGAGUCUGAUAAUUACGGUGGUGACAACAUCUUUCAAUAAUAUUUUUUCUCCCAUGCUCUAUCUAUUUGUUGGGGAGAAUUUCAAAAAGGUUUUCAAGAAAUCCAUUCUCACUUUGUUUAGGUCAGCAUUCAGUGAUGAAUUUUCUGCAGAAAGAGCAUAAAACCUAAAUUCAGAAGAUUAAAUUUAAGUUCUGGACCCUUAGAUAAACAUGGACCCUAUUAAUUAUAUCACUAGAGGUAUAACCCCUGCUUUUGUGUACUAUAUUCCCUAUAUUAAAGACACACAUAAAUUGUACUAUAGUUAGAUCUAUAAAUGUUAUCUUGGUUACUUUUCUCAUUGCUGAGACAAAAUACCCAAUACCCAAACUUAGCAAAGAAAAACAAAGUUAUUUGGCUCACGCUGGGUAGAGGUUUGAGUUCAUAGUCAUCUGGCUCCAAGGCAAGGUGGCAUGGCAGAGGAGCAUCAGAGAGAAGAAACAGUUCAUGGCAGGUAGAAAACAGCAAAGACAAAUGAUAAUAGCAGCUUCUUUCCUUUUUAUAUUCUACGGGUGCCAAGCCAACUAGUAGACUAAUUUAGUAAUCACACACCCAUAGUCCUGGCAUUGUGUCAUCAAUCAAUCACACACUCUAGAACCAGCCCCCUCUGAAAAAGCCCCAUCUCUGACUGCAUGAGGCU